AUGCAUCGAUACACGAAUGCGGCGCCCUACUCUCAUCUUUUAGAGUAUCGCCUUCCGUCACCGACCGCUCCCAGCUCCUCCGGUACCCCUGGGGGUGUCGGACAUCACGCCCGUGAGGCCAGCUUGUCUGAGCCAGCAUUCGGCAGCCGCACGGUGAGCUCAAGUCGUGCUUUUGAGGCUUUCACUAUCAAAGAUCAUGCAUUGCCCCUCAACCUCGCCCAGACGCCGACCACCUUUUCGGCAGAGCCGAGGUCAAGCUCGAGUGCAUCAAGAACACGAUCGUUUUCUUCCCCAGGUGUAUUUGCUCUGGCAAUUUCGUCGACUCCAAGUGCAUUCGAGAGUGAAAUAAAUUCUUCUCCGCGGCUGACAGGAACCACUGCGGUGCCGACCACUACCGCUGCCGUCACUGGGGACACCGUCCAACCCUCUCUUUCCUCUCAUACUACAGAGACAGCACCGAUUCAAACCUCGACGGUAUCCCCGGUUGAUAUCGGAUCAGCUCGAACCACUGGAAUAAUUAUAGGCAGUGUCCUGGGCGGAACAGCCGUGCUCGUCUUUGCCAUGCUGGCCGUCAUUUACUUGGCCUGGCGCAGGCGACGCGCGAGACGAGACCAGGCCGGCAGAGGAGGAGACACGACCGAACAGCAACUCAACGAAGCCACCAGCCGAGCAGGCGAUGUCAGAAAUGAUUCUGAGGGGCAGAAACGGUCGAGGGAGAGCCCGACGAUCGUGCCAUUACAGAGCAUCACAAUACCGAGGCCUAUGACUCUCCGGUCAGAGCCCAUUAUCAAUGACAUAUCGCCCAUAACCCCUAUCGUACCUCAUCCAAGCCGCUGGACCUCGGAGAAGGCAGGCAUCCCGUCCCCCGCGGGCCACACAGCCAUCAUCGACACCGAGCCGAACCUGCAGCACCAUCCCCUUUUCGACAACACACAUUACAACAACGAAAGCCACGCGAAUACCGUGCAUGAACCCCACGCCAUCUCCCCAUGCUCAUCGUCGUCGUCGUCCCCCGCACCAAGUCCCCCGUCCCCGGCCGCCACCGCCGCAGUAGCAGCCGAAGCCGAGGCGCAGGCGCUUGCCAGCUUCCUCUUCUUUGACAGCCCGUCCUCGCGGUCGAGCAGGCGGCCCUCGACGCGCGACAGCUCGGCGCCGUGCACCGCCCUGGGCGUGCCUCCCCCGCUACACCGCGGGCCGCCGCCGCGCCGCCGGCACACGGCUAGCUCGAGGAACGGCUCGGGCUCGUCUGUGAGUGGCAAUGCCGCUGUCGGUGUCGGCAUGGCGAGCUGGACGGGGCAGGACGCGCCGCCUCCGCCGCUGCCCGCGAGGAAUGGUGCGAGGAGCAAGAGCUUGCGUGGUGCUGAGCGUCCGGCGGCUUGGAUAUGA